UUCAGGUCUCCACAGUCGGGCAGAGGGACCACAGAGUUGCUGAAUUUCAUCACACAGCACUCGGAAUUCACUUCCAAACCUGGAUUUUUAUUCACUCACCUGCUAAAAUGUUUCAAAGGUGGUCUCUUGUCUUGCAUCUCAUCCUGCUGUGCUGGUUGACCGCUGCCCUGCAGGUUAUAGAAGAGCGAGGCUCGGGGGGGCAUCUGGACCUGACUGAGUUAAUUGGCGUGCCGCUCCCUCCCUCGGUCUCUUUCACUCCUGGGUAUGAAGGGUUCCCAGCGUACAUCUUUGGGCCUGAAGCCAACAUCGGCCGGCUCACCAAGACCUUCGUGCCGGGGUCGUUCUACAAGGAUUUUGCCAUCAUCGUCACGGUGCGACCGUCCAGUCAGAGGGGGGGCAUGCUCUUUGCCAUCACAGACGCCGGUCAGCAGGUGGUGGAGCUGGGUUUGGCCCUCACUCCGGUGCGUGGGGGCCUCCAGAGUAUCUUAUUGUACUACACUGACAGAGGCCAGGUGUCCCACAGCCACAAAGCUGCAGCCUUCAGUGUGCCUGAUAUGACUGACCAGUGGACACGGUUCACGGUGGUGGUGGAGCACAAUGAGGUGCGUCUCUACAUGGACUGUGGAGAGGCAGAGAGGGCAACUUUCCAUCGCAGCCCGGAGAGCCUCACGUUUUCUCACAACUCAGGCAUCUUUGUCGCUAACGCAGGAAACACGGGGCUUGACAAGUUUGUGGGCUCCAUUCAGCAGCUGGUGAUAAAAGAUGAUCCGAGGGUGGCUGAGGAGCAGUGUGAAGAUGAUGAUCCUUAUGCCUCGGGAUUCGCCAGCGGAGACGAUGCUCUGGAUGACAGGGAGACAGAGGAGGAAAUGACCAAGAGCAAACACGGCACAGCACAAGGGGAGGACAGUUUUCCAGUCAGAGCUCCUCCCACUGAGGCUCCGGAGGGGGAGCUUGAAGAGUUUUCUGGUCACAUGACACCAACAGAGAGCAAUGAAGAAAUGAUAGGAGGGCCACACCAGACAGAGGAGGCAGGAGAGAGAUCAGGAGAUGGUCAUGUCAGGCCUGAGAUAAAAGGAGAGCGUGGAGAUCCUGGACCACCUGGACCACCUGGUCCCCCAGGACCGACCCCUCGCCCUGGGCAAACUCAUCCUGGAUCAAGGGGGACCAAAGGGCCAGCAGGGACCCCCGGAUCCACUGGACUGCCAGGGAGGGAUGGACAGAAGGGAAACAAGGGGGAUACAGGAGACCCAGGUCAGAGUGGACCUCAGGGAUUUCCAGGUUUGGAUGGAAAAGCUGGACCAAGCGGAGACAAGGGAGACUCAGGAAUCGGUUUACCAGGCCCUCCAGGCCUCCCUGGGCCACCUGGACCCCCAAGAUCACGCAGUGUACCAUAUGGAGCAGAUGCUCUGGGUUCUGGCUUUGAAGACUUGGACAGUGACACUGAACUCAUCAGGGGUCCUCCUGGUCCACCAGGGCCUCCAGGGCCUCCUGGUGCCUCUGGAUCUGACAUGUUACCUGACACAGCUGAAGGCCUCCCCUCUGGUCACGAUGGCCCCUCUGGUGUUCCCGGAAGAGACGGGGCCGCAGGCAAACCUGGAACACCAAUGUUAGUGGAUUGGUUUAGUGGUUCUGGGCCCGAUGAGUCAGGUUUGAGCGCAGUGUGGUCCUCGGACCUCGGCUCAGACCUCGGCUCUGGUUUCAGCUCUGGGUUCAGCUCUGAAUCCGGUGUGGCCUCUGGGUCUGGGCUUGUCUCCGGGUCUGCUUGGGGUUCAGGCGAGGGUCCAGCAGGAAAGGAUGGGGCUCCAGGUCUACAAGGAGCAGGGGGAGAGAAGGGUGACCAAGGGUUAACUGGGCUAUCUGGGCCAAAGGGUGAAUGUGGCUCUCUGGGAACAGCAGGGCUCCCGGGGGCCGAAGGGCCAAUGGGCCCACAGGGGGAGAGAGGCCUAAUAGGUCCCCCAGGACUGCCUGGACCCCCGGGACCUCAGGCAACCAAAUUCUUUGUAGAGGAUAUGGAGGGAUCAGGGAAGAGUGACAUGCUCCUUGGAGCUGGAGUGAAAGGCCCACAGGGUCCUCCUGGCCUACCUGGCCCACAAGGACCUGAGGGUGAGGACGGAGCCCCUGGAUCUCCAGGGCUCUCUGUGAAGGGAGAACCAGGAGACCCCGGAGCAGAGGGUCUCCAGGGUCCUGCUGGACUACCAGGCGUUCGGGGGGUGAAAGGAGAAAAGGGAAAUCAUGGACCAAAGGGCGAUCGAGGCGCUGAUGGACUCAGUAUCCCAGGAUCACCUGGGCCUCCUGGACUGCCUGGACCUAGUUUUAAUUUGCAGGAUCUGCUCCUCAACGUUACGGAUGGAAUUUUCAACUUCACAGAGAUCAGAGGAGCACCGGGGCCCAUGGGCUCUGAAGGCUUGCCAGGCAGAGCUGGAUUUCCUGGCCCCAGAGGACCAAAGGGAGAAAUAGGUCCUGAGGGUAUCCAGGGGCCUUCAGGACUCAAGGGAGAAAAAGGAGAGGCAGGAGUCACCAUUGCUGCUGAUGGAUCUCUCUUAUCUGCACCGAGAGGCCCCCAAGGGCCCAAAGGCAUUAAGGGUGACCGUGGGUACCAAGGACCAUCUGGAGUUAUGGGCCCAAUAGGACCGACAGGGCUAAAGGGAGAAUAUGGCUUCCCUGGUCGUGCGGGGCGACCUGGUUUGCCUGGAAGGAAAGGAGACAGAGGAGAAGCUGAUGGCCUGCAGGGACCACCAGGUCCUCCCGGCCCACCUGGAAUUCCCGGAAGAAUUCUUGGUCUCAAGGGAACAGUGUUCCCCGUGCGCCCCAGACCGCACUGCAAAAAGGGACUAGAGUCAGUGACAAGGGGAGAUUCAGCUGGAGCUAAAGGUGACAAAGGAGAUGAGGGGAUGCCUGGAGAGCCUGGUACAUCUGAAUCUGGAUUUCUGGAUGGAAUUGUGGGUGCGAGAGGAAAUCAGGGGAACAAAGGUGAAAAGGGAGAAAGGGGUGACACCGCUGGGCCUGGUCCUCCGGGAAUGCCUGGCAGGUCAGGACUUGUGGGUCCAAAAGGUGAGUCCAUCGUGGGUCCUCAGGGUCCCAUAGGUCCUCCUGGCGUGCCUGGAGCCCCUGGGUUCGGGCGACCUGGCCCCCGAGGCCCCGCUGGCCCCACUGGCCCUCCGGGACCUGCACCUCCAUAUGGAUCUGCUGACAGCGUACCUGGCCCUCCUGGUCCUCCCGGUCCACCAGGAUCUUCAGGAUCUUCAGGAUCCGGCAACCUGGUGACCGUAUAUAAAUCCACUCACGCUCUGAUCAGAGAGAGUCAACGGGCUCCAGAAGGAACCCUAGCCUAUGUUUCUGAGAGAGGAGGAGAGCUGUACAUCAAGCGGCGGAACAGCUGGCGCAAGAUCCAGCUCGGAGAGUUGCUCCAUCACGGACCUUCCUCCUCAGCAGAGUCUCAGACGCUCAGCGUACCUGGAGAAUAUAGCAGAACACACAGGAGCCACAGCCAGGAGCUGCAGGAGGGCGGUAGAGGAUAUCAGCCCAGCUUUAACGUACUACCCCAGACCUUUAAUGCUGUUCCUGGGCUCCAUCUGGUAGCACUGAACUCACCUCUGAAAGGGGAUAUGCGUGGCAUCCGGGGGGCCGACUUCCAGUGCUACCAGCAGGCGCGCUCCGUGGGACUGACGGCCACGUACAGGGCCUUCCUGUCCUCACACCUCCAGGACCUGUCCACCAUCGUGAGGAAGGCGGACCGCAAUGACAUGCCAGUGGUUAAUCUCAGGGGUGAAGUGUUGUUCAGCAGUUGGAUGUCCAUCUUCUCUGGGAAUGGAGGAACAUUUAAUCCAUCCACUCCCAUUUACUCCUUUGACGGACGCAACGUUAUGACUGAUUCAGCAUGGCCAGAGAAGCUGGUGUGGCACGGCUCCAGCACCGUGGGCAUCCGUCUGACCCACAACUACUGCGAGGCGUGGAGGACGGGCGACAUGGCGGUGACGGGCCAGGCCGCGCUGCUGCAGACGGGCCGACUGCUGGGGCAACACACCCAGUCCUGCUCCAACCCCUACGUCGUGCUGUGCAUAGAGAACACAUACGUGGGCAACACACAUCUGAGGAGGACCUGAGGAGACAGGGGACACACACACACACUUACACACACGUUAACACAUGAAGAAUUACACAUGCAGGCAUGCUGAAAGUAGAAAAUGUGAACACUGUGCACAUGAAUGGGAAAAACAGGCAGGCACAUACACACAUAAUGAUGUUAUAGACAUGACUCUCGAGUACAGACGAAAAACACAAUAUUUCCCCAAUUUUUUAUUUUCUUAAUUGUUUAAUCACGCUCAUAUUGAAAAGAUUAAAAAAAUGAAUAAAAUGAAAUAGGGCACAUUUACCACGACGCUUUGCUCGCUAUACAAAUAGACACAGUACACAGCUAACAUUGAAGGAUUGACCCAUGAUCGCAGUGUGGCGCCCCCUGCAGACUCGCCAACAGCUUUGUUUACACUCAUUAUCUAUGAUUGUUGUCGGUUUCAGGAUAUUUCAAGUAUUUUUCUCAAGUUUUCUGCUGCUUGUGACCUGAACUAGUCUCAACAUUAACAUCUGUGCUUUAGCAUUAGCAUUAGAGUUGAAAUCAAUGUGUGAAUUUCAUUAAUUUAUACUGUAGCGGGAAAUAGUGUGAAAAAUCUAGUAAAGUUCAGAUCUUGAAGAUGUUGUAACAUGUAUAUAUAAAUAUAUAUAUAUAUAUAUAUAUAUAUGUAUUGGUGUUGUUGUUGACAAAUGUUUUACUUUCUUACUCUGUAGAGGUAGCUGUAGGUUUUUCGCUCACUGUGCUUCGACUGAGACGUAGUUGCAGUCUCAUGCCUGUAAAGAUGACGUAGACCUGGUUUUCAUGGAAGUGUUCGUUUUUCUGAUCCGUGACUAUGAAGUUUCUGUUCAUACUAAACUUGAGGGGACAUUUGUACUGACUGACUGGUGCUCACAGAAAAUAAAAUGUCUUAUUUUGUGUUUUUUAA